AUGGGUGUCCCAUCUGACCCCGAACACAAGGGCGGCGAUGUUCCUACCGCCGAGGACACCGCGCCCGGCAUCCUCAUUGACAACAGCACUGUCGAGGCCAAGUACGGCCAGACUAAGCGUGGCCUGUCGCCUCGUCACGUCCAGCUGAUGGCCAUCGGUGGCUCCAUCGGUACUGGUCUCUUCGUCGGUAUCGGUGGUGUCCUCUCCAAAGCCGGUCCCCUCUCUGUCGUCCUCGGUUACCUCAUCUGGGGUGUCUUCUUCGUCUGGCCUUGCAACUUGUGUGUCGCCGAGAUGUGCUCCUACCUGCCUAUCCGUGGUUCCAUCUUCGAGCUCGCUUCCCGUUUCAUCGACCCCGCUCUUGGUUUCUCCAUGGGUUGGACAUACUUCUAUGCUGGUGUAAUGCUUGUUUGUGUCGAAUACAGCGCUGUCGCAACUCUGAUGCAAUUCUGGGUUCCGGAUAUCAAUCCGGCAGCUUGGAUUGCCAUGGCCAUGGUUAUCUGCGUUCUCCUCAAUGUCGUCGCUGUCAAGUGGUACGGCGAAUCCGAGUUCAUCAUGGCCUCGCUCAAGGUCCUGCUCCUAUUCGGUCUCCUCUUCAUCACUCUCAUCACCAUGUGUGGUGGCAACCCCAAGAAGGAUGCCUACGGAUUCCGAUACUGGGGUGACGGCAGAGCCAUGCGCGAAUACCACGGAACCGGUGAUGUUGGUCGCUUGUGCGGUUGGUGGAAGGUCGUCCUCUAUGCUGGUUUCACCAUUGCUGGUCCGGACAUGAUCUCCCUCGCCUCUGGUGAGAUCCAGAACCCUCGCCGAACCAUCCCCCGCGUCGCCAAGCUCAUCUUCUAUCGCCUCAUCGGAUUCUACGUCUUCGGUGUCCUGGCUGUCGGCAUCAUCUGCAGCUCUGACGACAACCGCCUCCUCGGUGCCCUGAGCGACGGCUCCGCUGGUGCUGCUGCCUCUCCCUGGGUCAUUGGUAUUGAGAACCUCGGCAUCUCUGGUCUCCCUGACUUGAUCAACUUCCUCAUUCUCACUUCCGGUCUCUCUUGUGGAAACGCCUACCUCUACUCCGCCUCUCGAACCCUCUACGGUCUUGCCCGCGAUGGCCAAGCCCCUGCCAUCUUCCAGAAGUGUAACAAGGCCGGUGUUCCCAUCUACGCUGUCGGCUGCGUCAGCUUGAUCACCUGCAUCACCUUCCUCGUCUCCUCCAACAACUCCGUCACCGUCUUCUACUGGUUCGUCGAUCUCACCACUACCGGCCUCAUUGCCACCUACACCAUGAUGCUACUCGUCUUCCUUGGGUGGUACCGCGCCCGCAUCGCUCAGGGUCUCAACACUGAGUCGCUCCACUACACCGCCCCUUUCAACCCCUAUGCCGCCUACCUUGGUCUCUUCCUGGGUUGCACUGCGCUCAUCUUUGUCGGCUUCGACUCCAUCCAGCCCUUCACCGUGCAGAGCUUCAUCACCGCUUACUUCUGCCUGCCCUACACUGCCUUCCUGUUCAUCUUCUGGAAGAUCUUCAAGAAGACCAAGAUGGCCGACCCCGCUACCGCCGAUCUGGUCAGCGGCAAGAAGGAGGUUGACGAGGAGUGCAGGCACUGGGAAGAGGGUGGCAUCGAGGAGAACUGGCAGCGGGAGCUCGCGCAAAUGUCUUUUGCGAGACGCUGCUGGGAGAAGAUGUGGUAA